CGGCAUACCGAGCUCGUGGACAGAGAGGGGAAGGCGAGAAUGCAUAUGCCUGCCUUGACGCGCCCCACUGCCUCCUCCGGUAUUUCGCAACUUGAAGCAUCUUUCCCGUCUCCAAGGUCCGCUCAUCGGAAUGAAACUAGCCGCGUUGUAGCAGAUUCCUAUUAGGCUAUACUCCGACCCCUUCGAACGCAGUCCGUAGAGGUUGGAACAAGCAUAGGAUCAUGUGUCAUGCCCGUGGCAGUUCUCUGGUCGGCUAUUGCAAAGCCGGUAUCUGGUGUUCAGUUGCAUUCCUCGUUCACUUGUUCAUCAGCAGCCCCGGUCUCGCUUUCCUCCCGAGGUCCUCUAUUCGCCGUCAACUUCUCUUGCUCAAGGCGCCUGUUUGAAGGUCAUAGCGAUGAACACCUUCCAACUCUUUUGCGCUCUAUGCAGUCUCUCUCACGGCGUCUUUGGCGUGGCCAUCCCAGGACAGUUUACUCAAGCACCAUUACCACCAAGCAAACCGGAUACCAAGACGUCAGUUCCGUUCUACGCCACAAAGGCAAUACUCGCCGUUACAGCAGUCGGGGAUGAGGAUGAGAAGUAUAUUGAGUUACCCCUCCGCCAACGCAUGCCACCCGGCCCCGAAUUUCCGUAUCGUUUGGACGGCGCGAGGAUUGUGGCCUUAAUGAACGAGCAGCGACAGUCAGCACCGCUAGAAGAACUUGGCCUUAUCAUGUGUAGGAUUAUGCCAAGAGAUGCGGUGGAAGAAGAGGUAUCCUCUACGUCACGGAAUAGAGAGUGGCCAUGGUUCAGAGCCAAGGAUGGUGCCGUGCAGUUCCAGCAGGCUUCAUCGGUGUGGUUCUUAGCGGAUAGAGACAUAGAAAGCUACGAAUGCAGAUGA